AUGAGCGACAACAAAAUGGCCGAAAAGGAUGGGAGAAGCAAAAAGGAAGCCACAAGUAGCGACAGUGGCGCUACAGAUCCUAACGGUGUCCAAAACGGCGAGGAUUUAUAUCCGCUGGCACUGCUGAUGGACGAACUGAAGCACGAUGACAUCGGUAAUCGAGUCGAGGCGAUGAAAAAAUUAGACACCAUCGCCAUAGCGCUGGGCCCUCAGAGAGCUAGAGAUGAGUUGGUUCCGUUUUUGACAGAAGUUGCACAGGACGAUGAAGACGAGGUGUUUGCUGUACUGGCGGAACAAUUGGGCAAGUUUGUGCCGUUCAUUGGUGGCUCCAAGUUCGCCACGCUUCUGUUGCCAGCACUGGAAAUACUAGCAUCCACGGAGGAAACCCUGGUUCGCGACAAAGCUGUUGAGUCGCUCAACAAUGUCGCUCAGGAACUAUCGGAAGAUCAGCUGUUCCACGAUUUCAUUCCACUCAUCGAACAUCUCGCUACCGCGGAUUGGUUCUCGUCUAAAGUUUCUUCUUGUGGGUUGUUCAGAUCUGUUCUUGCUAGAGUUAAAGACGACAAAUUUAGAAAGGAACUUUUGGCAUUGUAUCUACAAUUGGUUCAAGACGAGACUCCUAUGGUCAGGCGCGCUGCCGGCAAAAACCUGCCAGUGUUAAUAGACUUACUCACUCAAAACCCAGAUUUGUCUACGUCGGAUGACUGGGAUUACAUUUCAAACAUGUUCCAGAAAAUCAUAGGAGACACUCAGGAUUCUGUCAAAUUUCUAGCAGUUGACGUGCUGGUCUCCAUUUUGAAAUUUUUUAAUAAGAAGAAUGAUACAACUCAUGCGAAGGACCUAUUAAGAUCUGCCAUCCAACUUAUCACAGAUGAAGCUUGGAGAGUCCGCUACAUGGCAGCGGAGAGGUUCGAAGAUCUAGCAUCUCAAUUCAAAUCCAAUCCACAAUACAUUGAUGAACUCUCGGGCCCAUUUUUGGCACUUUGCGAAGAUAACGAAAGCGACGUAAGGAAAGGCGUAGCAAAACAAUUGCCAGGAUUUUCGAAGCUUUUAGGAGAUCCACAAGUUGUAUUGAAAAAAGUCCUGCCAGCAGUGCAAAACUUGAGCAUGGACGAAAGUGAAUUGGUUAGAGCUUCUUUAGCUUCUGAAAUUACCAACUUAGCACCUUUAAUCCCUAAACAAGAUGCUAUUGAUAGCUUGAUACCUAUUUUGCUAAACAUGUUGAAAGAUGAAUAUCCCGAUGUUCGUCUGAACAUUAUCGCCAAACUAAAAGUUGUUAAUGAAGUCGUUGGAAUAGAUUUACUAUCUGAGAGUUUGCUUCCAGCAAUUACAGAACUGGCAAAGGAUGUGAACUGGAGAGUAAGAAUGGCGAUCAUCGACUACAUUCCGCUACUCGCAGAACAACUGGGUGUAGAAUUCUUCGAUCAGCAGCUCGGGGACCUUUGUCUAUCCUGGUUAUGGGACACAGUAUACUCCAUAAGGAGUGCCGCUGUGGUAAACUUGAAGAACCUAACAAAGAUUUUUGGAUCUGAUUGGUCAAGCGAAAAAAUCAUUUCUCGAUUGUUGAAAUCUGACUCUCAGUUGUUAGAGAAUUUCGUUUACAGAAUAACGCUUCUAUCUGCAUUAACUGAAUUAGUGCCCGUCGUUUCGGCAGAGGUCACAACCCAAAAGAUUCUACCUUUCAUAAAUCAUUUGGCUGACGAUGCUGUGCCCAAUAUAAGAUUUAAUGUGGCACAAUCUUACGUCGUGGUACUUGAAAGUCUCCGUGCAGAUAAAGACAAGUACAAAGAAUUGAUCAACCGAUCAAUUCUUUCAUCUUUAGAGAAGCUUCGCGAAGAUAGCGAUAUCGAUGUUAGAUAUUUCGCCAAUAGAAGUUUAGAGAGGUGUCAAGCUCUGCUGGCAUGA